AAUAGCAACAUACGGUACGGUAUUUCCGAUCUGUUUAUAAAUAAAUCAAAAUUAAAUAAAAAAGAAGCCAUGCCAUUACAACACAGAGUUUGCUAACUCUCCAAUAUGGCUGGCUCCUUAAGAUGCACAGAAAACCAUAGGCGGUGCCGGCUGCAACUGUAGCAUUAGUAUUACCCAUCGCGCCAUUUGUGGACUCCAGUUUGCAAUGCUCAGCGAGGAUCAGGAAUCCUUGGAGGAAGCAGAGGAGCCCUGCGCCGUCUGGAAGUUCCGCUGCAGCGUGGCCAGGUGUCCCUACCGGACCAACAGGCCCUACAACAUGGCGCGCCACGAGGAGUCCCACUCGAAUCCCAUGGACUCCAAGCUGAACUGCUGUCCCUUUUGCGUCUACAGCACCGACAAGUCUUCCAAUUUGAAGCGCCACAUAUCCACAAAGCAUCCUGGUGCCCAGGAUCGGCUGCCGGAGAUUCAGUCCCUGGAUCGCACGACCAAGAUUCAGUGCCAGGUGAUGGGCUGCAGGUACGAGACGAAUCGCCCCUACGACCUCAAGCGCCACAUAAUGGUGCACAACAAUCCGGAGAAGAGCCACAGGACCUUCAAGUGCUCCCUGUGCACCUACAGCUCCGACCGGAAGGGCAAUCUUAAGCGGCACCAUGAGCUGCGCCACUCGGGCAUCGAGGAGGCCAUUCAAACCGCCGAGGAGCUGCGCCAGGAGUUACGCAUGGAGGAAGAGAGGCUGGAGAAGCAAAAGCUGAAGGAUCAGAUGCUGGAGGAUCAGAAGGAGCAACAGCUGAAGAAACAGCAGCUGGAGGAACAGAAGUUAAGGGAACAGAAGCAAAAAGACCAGUUGCUAGAGCAUCACAUGCUUGAGGUUCAGAUGCUGGAGGAUCAGCUAGAUAAAGAGGACACUCAGGUAAAGGUAGAGACAGCGCUGCCCAAGCCAAAGGAGAAUUUGCUUAGCAGUCUCAUCGAGGACCUCGUCGACGAGGAACAGGGGGAAAAUAAGCUGGAGUUUGUGUAUGAGCCCAUGCAAGAGGAGCAGCCGCCCAUAAUCACCAUUUGCAAGCCGCAGAUAAUCCAUGGAGACAUCAGCAAUAAGCAAGUCAUUGCUGUCAAUGUAAAUGGGCAGCUGCGGUGGUUCCAAUCAAUAGAUCCACCGCCAGGAGCUCCCACAAAUCUGGAACUGGCCGCGGAGAAGCAGGCAGUUUUCGCCCAGCAGCGAAUGGAGGAAUUGGACGAUGAGUUGGCCUUGUCACUAGCCGAGCAGGAUCAGCAGGAGGAACUGCUCGUCGAAAUGCUGGCUGAAGAGAAACCAGUCGAGGCUAAGCAGACCACUGCCAUAGAACUGGACUGGAGUUGGAGUACCCCUCAUGCUGUACACCACAUUACGCCCACAAUUGAAGACGACGAGCACAAAACUGACGAUGUGGAUGCGGAUUUUCCCGAUUGGUGGGACGAUGGCAAAUACACAAAGCUGUCCAAGAACCAAGUAUUUCGGAAUCUGUCGAAGAAACCCUCGAAGGCCAAUGUGCAGCGCAUUCUGCGGAUAAUCUACGAUGUGUAUUACAAGCCUUUCAAGGAAGAUCGCAAGCGGUUCGAGGCCUUUCAAAUCAAGGACUCCUGGUUGUGCGCCACUCGAAUGACUCGCAUGCAGAUCAUCAAGGACAUGUACUCUAAGCAGGGCACCUGAACUAUUGGAUUAGUUUAUAUAUUUUUGAGAAGAGCCAUUUUUAGUUUUAAGUGUAAAGUGUACGAAUUAAGCAGAGCACAACUAGUUUUGGCAUAAGGCAUUGACAUUGCAUAUUCUAAGCUUAUAAAAAAAUAUUAGUUGAAUAUUUGUUAAAGCGUUAUUCAUAAGUUAAGUUGCUAU